CGGGACACAACUGAGAAUCCAGUGCAGGCCCUUCUGGCUGCUCACUGCUCACUGCAAAGGUGGUGGGGAAGGGAGACCACAAACAGAUCAAAACUACGGUAUCUGAGAGGGUAGUUAAGUGCUUUAAUCGAAGUUUAAAUGUGGUGAUGGAACGGAACUGAGUGCGGAAGUGAGGAGGAGGAAGCCCGCCUAUUGGAAGUAGAAGUAGAGCUUUUGAAUAAAUAGUAAAGGGAGACGACGCGGAGAGAGGGAGAACAGAGACCAAGACACUGAGUCUUUGUCAGGCUGGCCUCCAUAUUCAUCUUUUAAUUUUGAAAGCCUCAGAACACUUUGGACCACUUCUUUGGAAAACUUUUCUGCCAGCAACAAGUCAUUCACUGCGAUCCUGUUCAGCAUAGCCACGUUUGAGUUUUUCAAGUCUAAACAGGACUGCUUUUGAUUUUCCCAUGAAGCUGCAUCACUGCCUGUCCAUCUUACUGGUGGUUACUCUUGUGCCAGAUGCUCUGGUUUUGGAAGAUGUGGCUCCACUGGGAGCGAAUCAGAGUUCUUACAAUACAUCAUUUCUCCCAAGCUUUGAAUUCUCAGCAGGUUCCUACUCAGGUGAUGAUGUCGUUAUAGCCAAAGAGGGAACAAAUGUUUCUCUGGAGUGUCUUCUCACGGUGGAUCAGUAUGGUGAAGUCCAGUGGUACAACUCAAAAGGACGGCAGCUGCACAGUAAAGGUGGAAAAUGGUUGGUUUCUAGUAACUUCCUAAAUAUCACCAACGUAGCCUUUGAUGACCGUGGGCUCUAUACGUGUAUCAUCACUUCUCCAACUCGUGCCUCCUACUCAGUCACCCUCCGUGUGAUCUUCACCUCUGGAGACAUGAGCGUCUACUAUAUGGUUGUCUGCCUGAUCGCCUUCACAAUCACACUUAUCCUGAAUGUCACUCGGCUGUGCCUGAUGAGCACCCAUCUCCGCAAGACUGAGAAGGCCAUCAAUGAGUUCUUCAGGACUGAGGGGGCUGAGAAACUCCAGAAGGCCUUUGAGAUUGCAAAGCGUAUCCCCAUCAUUACCUCUGCCAAAACCCUUGAGCUUGCCAAGGUCACACAGUUUAAGACCAUGGAGUUUGCCCGCUAUAUUGAGGAACUGGCCAGAAGUGUCCCUCUCCCGCCCCUUAUUCUGAACUGCCGGGCCUUUGUUGAGGAAAUGUUUGAGGCUGUGCGAGUGGAUGACCCUGAUGACAUGGGAGAGAGAAUUAAAGAGAGACCUGCAUUGGAUGCUCAAAGUGGCAUCUAUGUGAUUAACCCAGAGCUAGACCGAAGUAACUCGCCUGGUGGAGACUCAGAUGAUGGCUCUCUAAGUGAACAAGGACAGGAGAUAGCAGUACAGGUGUCUGUCCACCUUCAGUCAGAGACCAAAAGCAUUGGGACAGAUUCUCAAGACAGUAGUCAUUUCAGCCCACCCAGUGACCCUGCAUCUUCUGAGGGCAGCAUUCACCACAGAGAGUGAGCAUGUGACAAUUGACAGUUUGCAAGUGCUCAGGAAAAGAGCCUGCUAUGAGGACUUAACAUUGUUAUAAAAUGACCAGGGUCUUCCCUUUAACCUUAAGCAUACCACAGCAUGAAUUGCCAAAGUCAUUGUGAAAGGGCAACAUUUUUCUGAUAUUUGGUCAUUUUCCUUAAGGUUGCUAGAGUGAUGUGUGUUAAGAUUGAAAGGUGCCUGGGCCUGAGUAAGACUUCUGGUCACAGUUUUUCUUUGGCUCAUAUGUGACACAUUGCAGCCUGAGUUUCCCCAUCAGUGGAAUCAGUGAUUAGUUCUCACUGAGUUGAGACUUCAACCAAAACUUCUUACCUAUUGCACUUGUAAGUCAGCCUUUCACUAGACCUUUGGUCCCUCCUUUGAGACUUUAUUCUGCACUCUAGUUGUCUGCACCAAUGCCAGACAUAGAGAUGCUCUGCCCUAGGGAAAGAACACGUGCUGGUGCAGAUCUUUUAAGUGAGGCACCACUGUUACACAGAUCCAGAAAGUAAAUUUCAAUUAGAAAAUCACUCGUUGGGCGUGGUAGUACAUGCCUUUAAUUCCAGCACUCAGGAGGCAGGGAUAGGCAGAUCCCUGAGUUCCAGGCCUAUGAGUUCCCAGUCUGUGGAGCAAAUCCAGGAUAGCUAGGGCUACACAGAGAAACCUUGACUUAAAAAAAAAGAAGAAGAAGAAGUAGGGGGAGGAAGAGAAGAAGAAAAAAACCACUCCAUGAGAAAUGUAUUCUUCUUGGGAGUACAUCCUGUCUUUUUAGCUUACCGAGACCUUUAGUCCAUCGAGGCUGGCCUUGAUGUCCCCAAGGGAAAAUGUUUUCAGUGUUUUGUGAGCAAGAACUAUGUCAAGUCACCUCUCUGGAAAAUUAUCAAUUUUGAUACUUUUUAAUAAUGUCUCAGGCCUUGUCUUUUUAGAUGUACUAAAUUCCCAGGUGGGCUCUGUGUAGGUCUAGAACUGCAGAAUCAGUGCCCAGCAGCACUCCUGCCCCCUGUGUUCCUCAACCUGGUGCUAAAGGUGAUAACGCCUCUCUUGUCUUGUUGAGACUCACUGUUGUUGGUAUUUUGGUUCUUCGGAUACAUCCUUUUGAGUGAGGGCUCUUUUGUAGCCUUUCUCAAAGCACCUACCUGAAAUCAGAUGAGAUCAUUGUGCUCAGUGUGUUGUUAUAUUAAAACAGGCAAUCCAGACCUAAGGGGGGAAAUGACAAGUGGUGGUGCUGCCCGCCUCAUCCGGGUACAAUAAGCACUGAAGCUGGUCCUUCCCGCUGGCUGAGAGUGACAUGACAGAUUGUAAAUAGUCUCCACAAUCAUUUCCUCAGCUGCAGGAAGCUCAUGCCAUAGAAUUUUAACAUCGUGGCCAUGGAGCUCAGUGCAAUGCUUCACUUCAUUUGGCUUCUGGUUGUGGGAGAUUUGCUUGACUAGAGGGUCCUGAGGGAAAUGUGCAGAGGAGGUGUUCAUCGGACUUUAAUUUAAAGUGUCAAACAGAAGACAGCAGGAAAUUCAAAGUGUAACCAGUAAGCUCAGUGCCUGCCUUUGUCAGGCUCACCAGAUACCUCCGCUCUGGACAAUGAACGAAUCAGUGUGCUGUCUUAUCAAGUGGCAUAUGGAUAAUAUGGUAAUGCUGCCUUUUCUGUCUCUCAGGCUGUUUCCAUGGAAACCUCCAGAGCCAAACAAAAGCUACCAAUCUUUCAACCAAAAAGCUUGCCUUGGCUCAGAGAUGUGAGUUUCUUUAAGGAAAGCAGUUUCCAUACAUUUGGCUGUGGAAUAAGGGCUCUAACACAUACCCUAAGUUACAGAAUAUGUUUUCCCUUCCUACUGUUCUCUGGACAUAGUAAAUUUUUUAAAAUCUCUUCUGUGGGGUCAGUCUCCUGAAUUUCCUUCAGAUCUGCAGUCCCUCGCCUGAUAAAGCAAGAUUUGGGUCACUUCUUAAAGUGAAAUCUGUUGCCUUAAAUACUAGUUUUACCCCCACAUGUUCCUAGAAGGGACAGUAAUGUCUUGAACUUUAAGGUAGACAUAUUUAAUGACCAGAGUUUCAGAAAAUGAUACUUUGCAAAAUGAAAAAUAUCAAAACAGGUAAGUUUACGGAAUCCAUACAGGCCACUCUACCAUACAGGUCAGUCAUCACAGAAACAUAAAACAGACACUCAAUGUAAUGGAACACAGCUGGAGUCCCAGCACCUGGGAGGCAGGGGCAGAAGGAUUGCAAGAACUAAGCUAGCCUGAGCUAUCUAACAAGAUGCUGUCUCAAAAAGCUAACCAGUAGGCAUGUAUUUGGGGGGGGGGGUCAGUUUUCCUGCGUGCACUAAGCCUGGACUUGAUCCAGUGUUAUCCUAACCAGUGGCCAAUGCAACUCCCCUGCUUCGAGCCUUCCAAGUUCUGUCAAAAUAGGGAAAACACAGGAGAAGUGGCGGACUUGUAAAAGCUACUUUUCACAGUGAAGAGGACAACUGUUAAUAUUUUCUAUAUCUAAUCAAACCAAAUGGAUUUAACAGUCUCAUCUGUUUGUAAGCUUUUUUUUAACCUUAGGAACUUAAGACCACAGUCCGAAAGUCUGCUACCAGCUGGUAACAGUAUCUUUCUGUCUGGCUGAAUUUUAUAGGUUUUGUUUUGUUUUGUUUUUAAAUGCCUUUGAGCAGCAAAAUGUGUCUAAAAUAGGUUUGCUGCCAUAUUGUGAAUUCUGUAUUGUCAUUUAAUGAACUUCAGUGUCCUUACAGAAUUAAAUAGUGGCUUCAUCAAAUAAAUCUACCAAAAGUUGCCAUUUCAGCAUCUUCAUAUACUCCUUCCACACAUGCACUUUUGAGUUGAUGCCCUGUUGUGUUUAUAACAGUUUGGUAACCCCAGUUCUCAAAGCCAUAUCUAAUAUGGCUUAAAUAUUUUUUAAAAAGCAGGUCUUGCCAUACUGUCCAACCUGGCUUUGAACAUGUUAUCUUCCAGUCUCAAGUCUCCUGGAUACUAGAAGCACACAUGCACUGCCAUGUCAGCCUUCAUCUGCCUUUGUCUCAGUAUGUAGCCUAGGCUAGCCUUGAACUUGGAGCAAUCUUGCUUCUGCCUCACAAAUGCUAGGGUUACAAGUAUGUGUUACUAUGCCUGCCUUUUAGGCCUUGAGUCAAGCCCAAUGAGCUUGUCUGUUUCCUAUCCACUACACAUUGAUAUAAACAUGGUAAGGACUGCUGAUUCUGGGACAAUUGUGAGAAAGCCCCUUCGCCUCCCUUCCACGUGCUAAAGGUCAGAUCCCCAACUGCAUGCCACUUCCUCAUCAGUUCCCAAAUCUCAGGAGCCCGUGGGCCAAUGCUUUCUAUACACUACAUGUAGUUUCCACACUACAGCAGACUAAGCUGGAUUCCUGACUGACCCAGGAGGCUGCACGCACGCUGUCUAGAACCUUGCUCAGCACAGUGCUGGCCUCAUCCCCACACCAGCCAUUGUAACUCUAACAUAUCCUUGUUCCAGAGCCACAUUCCUCUCCCCUAGGCAGAAACAUGACAACACUCAGCCUCAUGAAAAACCUCUGGGUGCUUUUGGGCCUGUCACACAAAAGGGAAUGAGUGUUGUUUGAUUGUACUUGUAUCUCAACAAUUAUUUUAAUAAAACUUUCAUUUAAAAAGUCA